AGCGUGCCAGUCGUCUAAUCUGGCGUUGAACGUGAAUGAGUGCUGAAGCCGAAAAGCCCAGAACUGCCAUCCCAAAGGCCGUCUUCAUUACCGACAUUGAGGCCUUCCUCGCCAGCAACGCCAGCGGUGGCCUCGAGGGCGCCAUGGAGCGCUUCCAGACCCAACACCAGCAGUACAAGACGCUCGAGGCCUCUCUUGCACAGCGCAAGCGCACCCUCAUCACCAAGGUUCCGGAAAUGCAGUCUGCCCUCGAUGCCAUUGCGCACCUGAAGGAGAAGCAGCACGAUUCCGAGCCGAUCCGAACACAGUUUGAGCUCUGCGACAACCUUUACGCCACCGCUGACAUCAAGCCCACAUCGAAAGUUGGCCUUUGGCUUGGUGCGAACGUCAUGCUCGAGUACGACAUCGACGAGGCCCAAACUCUGCUGCAAGGCAACCUCCAGAAGGCCCAGCGCAACUCUGAUCAGCUCGGCGAGGAUCUUGGGUUUGUCAAGGAGCAACUCACGACAAUGGAAGUUAACAUUGCACGGCUGCACAACUGGGGCGUUGCUCAAAAGAAAAAGGACAAGCAAAACGCCGCGGCACCCGCUUCAAGCGCAGCACCAGCAGCCAAGAAGUAACUCGACCUCAACCAAUUUGAACAAAAGAAUGAAAAAAAAAAAAGGCCAACUUCUCGCAUUCGUUGUUAGUGUUUCUCUCUCAGCUCUUUCACGUUGCAUCAUGAAAUUGAAAAAAAGAAAUCUUUUGACAACAAUACACCGAAUGACACGCAAACGCCACACAACAGAAAAACAA